CACACACACACACACAAUCUCACAUCAAUCUACACAUCUAUAUGCUGGAGGAGAAAACAUUCCCUUCGCGUUCCCUCCCUCUGCGCCCCGAGAAGCUGAGCGGCCGCGUGGCGGGGGCCCCCGGAUCGCCUGGAAAUGCUCCUCCUCACGCGCGUCCUCGCUUUCAUUCAGCUCCUCUGUGUCUGCCGCCUGGAUUGGGCUUAUGGAUACUAUAGACAACAGAGAAAACUUGUUGAAGAGAUUGGCUGGUCCUAUACAGGAGCACUGAAUCAAAAAAAUUGGGGAAAGAAAUAUCCAACAUGUAAUAGCCCCAAACAAUCUCCUAUCAAUAUUGAUGAAGAUAUUGCACAAGUAAAUGUGAAUCUUAAGAAACUUAAAUUUCAGGGUUGGGAUAAAACAUCUUUGGAAAACACAUUCAUUCAUAACAAUGGGAAAACAGUGGAAAUUAAUCUCACUAAUGACUACCAGCUCAGUGGAGGAGUUUCAGAAACGGUGUUCAAAGCAAGCAAGAUAGCUUUUCACUGGGGAAAAUGCAACAUGUCAUCCGAUGGAUCAGAACAUAGUUUAGAAGGACAAAAAUUUCCACUCGAGAUGCAAAUCUACUGCUUUGAUGUGGACCAAUUCUCAAGUUUUGAAGAAGCAGUUAAAGGAAAAGGGAAGAUAAGAGCAUUAUCCAUUUUAUUUGAGAUUGGAAUAGAAGAAAAUUUGGAUUACAAAGCAAUUAUUGAUGGAGUCGAGAAAGUUGGUCGUUUUGGGAAACAGGCAGCGUUAGAUCCUUUCGUAUUGCUGAACCUCCUGCCAAACUCAACCGACAAGUAUUACACCUACAAUGGCUCGUUGACCUCGCCUCCCUGCACGGACACCGUUGACUGGAUUGUUUUUAAAAACACAGUUAGCAUCUCUGAAAACCAGUUGGCUGUUUUCUGUGAAGUUCUCACCAUGCAGCAGUCUGGUUAUGUCAUGCUGAUGGACUACUUACAAAAUAAUUUUCGAGAACAACAGUACAAGUUCUCCAGGCAGGUGUUUACCUCUUACACUGGAAAGGAAGAGAUUCGUGAAGCAGUUUGUAGCUCAGAACCAGAAAAUGUUCAAGCCGACCCAAAGAAUUACACCAGCCUUCUUGUUACAUGGGAGAGACCUCGAGUCGUGUAUGAUAACAUGAUCGAGAAGUUUGCAGUUCUUUACCAGCAGUUAGAGGGAGAAGACCAAACCAAACAUGAAUUUUUGACAGAUGGCUAUCAAGAUCUGGUAACUAUAAGAUCAGUUGUUUCUUAUAUUGAUAAUAUCAUAGUUUAA